GUGACGCAAACAAAAAGCGACGGACAAAUUGAAUAAGCAAUUGCGUCUAAAAUUCUAUAAUAAGGUUUAUAUUUGUAGUUCGUUCGUAGUAUUUGGAUUAACAGAGAUGUCUACAAACACGCGCGCGCACACACACACGCACACACACCAUACAUGCAGAAACCACGCUGAAGGGGCAGCAUGUGUUCAAACACGCCAGAUGUAGCAUGUGCAUGUGUUGUUUAACUCGUGUGACACGCAAAAUACCACAACCCUUACAAGUGAGCUUCUCAGUGGGUUGUUAAUGCGCGAUGAUGUUAAGGUUAGAAUCCUGACCAUAGACCGUUAACAAAGAUCCUGGCUGCAGGACGCGCACUGACCUGCUCGUUUUAUUAGCGUACUUCCGGACUACAAGUCCGACCGUCAACCGCGUCGAAAGUGCGGCUCGUGGUGGUGACGCUCAAGCUAACUGUUGUUGUCGCCGCUACACUGUGUCGAAUCUGCUCCGCCUCGCACACAGCCCCUCAGCAGACGUUUGUAAAAGUCGACCUAUGUCAAAGUCGUGUUCAGGGAUUAUUAUUUUUUUAAAUUUUGGGAUGUAACCAUAGAUUUACUAUUUAAUACCGGAUGUAACGUUUCACUGUUGCGCUCACGAACAAUAUGACCAAGACUCGUCACGGACACUCGGAGAGACCAUGCACUCCUGCGCACGUUAUCUCAUCUUCUUCCAGUACCUUGGAACCAAAUACAGUGGUGUGGUGAAAGCGCCUCCACACCAGUUACAGAGGAAAGGCGUCCAGGACCACCUGGAGGAUGCGAUAAGGAAGCUGAGGCCUGUCAACCCUGUGACUCUGUAUGUCUCCAGCAGGACAGACACGGGUGUCCAUGCCUUCUCUAACUCCGCCCACUUUGACCUCCAGCGCAGCAACGACAAGGCUCCGUUCACUGAGGACACUCUCGUCAAUGCCCUGAAUUUCCACCUCAGAACAGAACAGAUCAGGCUCACCCGUGCCCACCGCGUGCCCCAUAAUUUCCAUGCCCGUUUUUGUGCAGACUCUCGGACCUACGUCUACCGGGUAGCCCUGGGAAUCUCCCACCGAUCUCUGCUUCCCCUCACUGACCACAAUCUGUGCUGGAGCCUCCGCAACACAGAGCUGGAUGUGGGAGCCAUGCGCGAGGCUGCUGCCCUGCUGGUUGGGACUCACGAUUUCAGCAGCUUCAGGGCAGUCAGCCCCGACAUGCUUUUUAAAAACCCCGUCAGGACGAUGGAUUUGGCCGACGUGCAGCCCGGGAGCUCUUUCUCACACACACACUUCCUCAGGAACAUCCCGAUCUGGGAACUGACUUUUAGGAGCAGAUCUUUUCUCUACAAGCAGGUGCGGAGGAUGACGGGGGCCCUGGUGGCUGUGGGGAAGGCGCAGCUCUCCGUGCCCCAGCUGAGAGACCUACUGGAGGCUCAGGACUCUUUAGCCUACCCACAGGGUCUGACUGCUCCAGCUCAGGGCCUCUUCCUCACCAGGGUGGACUACAGAGAUGCUGACCUACAGGUUUCACAACAGAUGUCAGAGGAGCAACCUCGCACCACUGGAAACUCCGAGGAUUAAUUCUAUUUGAACAAUUCAUCCAUGUUAAUGUAUUGACACUCACUGUAUGCAAUAACUUUAAUAAAGUUUUUUACAUUUA